AUGGCUCGGUUUCCACCGUUGGCACAUCCGAUGGAGAAAUACGCGAAGAUUGCGGAAAGAGAUGCGUAUGCUGUGAGUUUUGCAGAGUUGAUGCGCAAGGCGAAGUUGUGUUUUGAAGCCGAAUCAGGCGCCAACAUGGUUGUGACGGAAAAUCCAGGCAUAGGGAAAAGUUGUUUCUACCUCUACUGCAUCUUUCAACUGAUUUUUGGGAAUCAAGUGGAUGUCAAGGAGCUGCCUUCGUUGGAUUUGGUGCUGAAUUUCGGUCUUUUUUAUCACAAGUACGAUGCAUCAAAAAGCGAGUUUAUUGAGUUGAACGAAAAGGAAGUGCGCACACUGAGCCAGCAACAACGUGUCCUUCGACUUAUCGAGGGAAAAUCAUCGCAGCUCAUUGGUCCAAUCAAGGAUCCAAAAAAGAAUUAG